GUCAAAAUGAAGUCCCUAAAAACCCUAAAGUCGUUAAACCCCUCCUCCAAGCCUUCACAAAGAGGCUAAAAUCCCAGCGUUCUUCAUUUCCAAGCUCGAAGACGAUCUUUCCCUCUCAUUUGCUCAUAAUCGUCAGCUCUCGUCGGUUCUAAAUCAGGGAUUGGAAAGAUGAAUCUCAACAAUGUUAAGGUUCCUAAAAUGCCUGGUGGUGGUGCUGCUUCUGCUUUGAUCAAGGUUGGUCUUGUUGCUGGUAUUGGUAUAUAUGGAGUUGCCAACAGCCUCUACAAUGUUGAUGGAGGGCAUCGUGCCAUUGUCUUCAACCGUAUUGGUGGUAUUAAAGAUAAGGUCUAUCCUGAAGGAACACACUUUAUGCUUCCAUGGUUUGAAAGACCAAUAAUCUAUGAUGUUCGUGCAAGACCCCAUUUAGUUGAAAGCACGUCAGGAAGUCGUGACCUUCAGAUGGUCAAAAUUGGUCUUCGUGUUUUAACACGUCCAGUGCCAGAUCAGCUACCUACUGUAUAUCGGACUCUUGGUGAAAACUAUAAUGAAAGGGUGUUGCCUUCCAUCAUUCAUGAAACCUUGAAGGCUGUGGUUGCCCAGUAUAACGCCAGCCAGCUCAUCACCCAGAGAGAGACUGUGAGUAGGAAGAUACGUGAAAUUUUGACUCAGAGGGCAGCUAACUUCAACAUUGCACUAGAUGAUGUGUCUAUCACCAGCCUGACUUUUGGGAGGGAAUUCACUGCUGCCAUUGAAGCAAAACAGGUGGCAGCACAGGAAGCUGAGAGAGCCAAGUUCAUCGUGGAGAAAGCCGAACAGGACAAGCGCAGUGCUAUUAUUAGAGCACAGGGAGAAGCUAAGAGUGCACAACUGAUUGGCCAAGCUAUAGCCAACAACCCAGCCUUCAUCACGCUCAGGAAGAUUGAAGCAGCACGAGAAAUCGCUAGCACAAUCUCAUCCUCGGCCAACAGAGUAUACUUGAGCUCCGACGAUUUGCUGCUCAACCUCCAGGACCUGAACCUGGAGAGCGGAAGGAAGUGAUCAAAAACUGUUAGACCCAUACAAUUGAGUCUCUCCCACGUUCACUUAUCGUGGGGGAAGUUCCUUUGAAGUCUGAACAGGAACACCUUUUACCUAUGCUUGCUUUUGUGGAUUGUUGAAACAGGAAUAUGCAUUUUGCGCAAGAAAUUUACUUUUUAGGAGCAAAAAAAUGCAAGUGCCUUGAGGGAUAUUAUUUCAGAUGGUUUUAAUCUGGAAGCUAGUUGGUUCUUAAUUGAAACAUUGACUUUAUUAUUACUAAUAAACAGUGGUAUUCAUAUAAGAAA